AAUCACAAAAAACUCAGAAACCUUUCUCUCUCUCUCUCUCUUUCUCUCUCUCUCUCUCUUCAGUCGUAGUCAGUACUCAUCGUUUCCAAGUCAAAGGACAAAACGAAAUAGAACCCAACUCAUUCAAUUUCUAAGCUUCUGAAAUCAGAACUAGCAUAAAAUGAAAGAAAGCUGCAGAUCCAUCCUCAUACAAACAAAGCAGCCGACUCGCAAAAAGCAACAAAGGGGCUGAAGAGAAAGAAGUGAGAAAUAGGAAGAGAGAGAUGACGCAGAAAGGGAAGCUAUUCAAAGGGCAGCAGAAAAGGAAAAUGAUUCCUCCUAACCGUCGUGGAAAAAUGACUCAAAUUCGCAAAGGCAAGCGAGUAAUCAAGCAUUCGAAGGUCACCGACGAGAUGAAUUCCAAUCCACCCAACCCAUUUCAGAAACGGAUCCACCACCACCACGCCUCCGUUCCGAGAUCCAUCAUCAACAACCCCAAUGCCUCCGACGCCUCCUCCUGGGUCGGCUGGUGGUCCUCCUCUGCCUCCAUUGCCCUGCCUGAAUUCACUCUUUUCGUGCUUAAAUCGGCAUCGGACUCCGUGACCCGUUCCAACUUCCAGCCUUACCUCGCCUCCGUCUCCGACUCACCUUCCAACCACAGCAACAAGGAGAUCUUCCUCCGUGAGCUCAUCAGCAAUUCAUCUUAUGCUUUGGACAAAAUUCGUUUCAAGAGCCUCAUGGACAAAAUCAAGUUCGAUGCUUAGCCAGAGCUUUUUAUCAGGCUGGGGCCUGACAAGGUUAAUAAGGGUCUUUCCAAGAAAAUUCCGGGAAAAUCUCGCCUGAAUUUUCCAAGAAAAUUCUAGCUUAACAUCCAAUACAUUCAAAGAUCUAGAGAGAGAGAAAAAACAAGAAGCAAGCAGUGAAGGCAAUGAAGCUAAAUUGGAUGCACUGGUUUAAUCAUGAAUCUGCCAGAUGGGUUGAGAUGGAAGAUGGUCUUCUCAUCAAGGUACUUCUCGGGGAUCACAAGCUUGAU